AAGAGCUGUAGUGAAUAGCUUAUAUAAUGGUUGUAUGUUCAGCAUUGGAAGAACAGCUAUGAUCAAUAAAGUGUAAUCGAGCAUGGAGAAAUAAUUAACAGAGAAGUUUAAGAAGAGGCAUCAUCAUUACAUUGUUGACCUUACAAAACGUACAUUUGUUCGGAACAUAAGAAGUAGCGGAAAUGAUGGCUAAGCGAUGGUCAUUGAUAGUGCUGUUGGCGUUAGCCUACAAGGUAAAAGCCCAGAGUAACCAGUUUGAGCUAUCCAUCGUUCACAUCAACGACUUUCACGCACGGUACGAGGAAAUCAACGAGGCUGGUGUAACGUGCAACACACAAGAAGGUGAUGUUUGCCUAGGAGGAUACGCUCGUACGGUGACGGUGGUGAAACAGUUGCUUGCCACCAGAAGGAAUGCCAUUUACUUGAACGCAGGAGACAAUUUCCGCGGUACUCUGUGGUACAACAUCCACCGAUGGAAUGCUACGGUAGAGUUCCUGAACAUGCUGCCGGCCGAUGCGAUGACCCUUGGCAGUAAUGAGUUUGCCCAUGGAGUCGAAGGAGUGGUUCCUUUUCUGAACCAUAUAAACUCCCCCGUAUUGUUGGCCAAUGUGGACAACAGAGACGAGCCAACGUUUAGGAAUUAUCAAAAAUCAUUGGUCAUCGAGCGAGGUGGUCGCAAAAUUGGACUUAUCGGGGUCAUGCAUAAGCCAAGUAAUUCGAAUGUAGGCAAUUUGAUUUUUGCUGUUGUGGUGGAAACUGUAAGGGAAGAAGCAGAGCUGUUGAAGCAACAGGGUGUAGAUAUCGUUUUUGUAAUUUCACACUGUGGGAUAGAUGUUGACAAAAUUAUCGCGGAGAAUUCUGGUCCAGAAGUUGACGUUAUCGUCGGUGGGCGUUCACAUACAUUCUUGUACUCUGGUGAGCAUCCUGAAAUUCCAGAUGUGGCGCUGGGCGAAUACCCGACAGUUGUAACGCAGCAAAGUGGCCACAAAGUGUUGAUCGUUCAAGCAGGGUCCUAUACUAAGUUUGUGGGCGAUAUUGUGCUGGUUUUUGACGAUGCAGGCAUUAUUCAACGAUGGGAGGGCAAUCCAGUUUAUUUGGGAUCCACCGUAGAACCGGACCCCACUAUCGUGCAAGCCCUGAUUCCGUGGAAGCUUUCCCUGGAGGAGGUGAGCAAUCGCCACUUAGGAUAUGCGGAUUUAGAUCUCUCCACAUCGGAUUGCAGAUCAGGUGAAUGCAACCUGGGAAGCUUGGUUGCCGACUCGAUGGUAUCGGCCUUCAUUCCACUGGCGCAACCCGGACACUGGACGUACGGAGCUAUCGCUUUGAUGCCUGUCGGUGAUAUUCGCGGGAGUAUCUCGAAAGGAGAAAUCAUAUACGCCAACGUGUUUGACGUGUUGCCUUUUGAGAACAUUCUGGAAUGUAUCGAGCUGCGAGGUGACUACCUUCUACAAGUGCUGGAGCAGUCUGUGUCUGUAUCAUACGACGAGGAGAAAUUCUCUGCGGUCAACAUGCUGCAGGUGUCUGGACUCAAAGUCAAAUACGAUAUCUCGAAACCCAUUGGAGAGCGUGUUGUUUCCCUGCUGGUUCUUUGCCACGACUGUAUGAUACCGUCUUACCAACCACUGAAUCCUUUCAAAUAUUACCGAGUGAUAACCAAUGGCUACACGGUGACGGGUGGCACUGGGUUCCAACAAUUUUCGGAGCAUGGACGUAACAAACUUGCUGGACCGCUUGACAAUGUGGCCUUUGAAGAUUACAUUAGACAACGAUCACCGAUAACGCAGGGAAGUGGUGGUCGAAUUGAGAUUUUUACAAAGAAGUUUGGAGUGUGGACAUGAUUUUUCAAUAAAAUCUUUCUUUGUGAGUAUAUCCUAUAUGGAAUGGAACUAUUUAGGUAUUUGCAUAUUUCAUUAAAUUAUCACCUAUAACUAGAGAGGCUCCCCUGAUUGAUUUGCUUGUAAUUUUUGCACCAGCGUCUGAAAACACAUGCAUUUUUCAAGGUCCCAAACAUGCAAUAUAGAUUGAGGACAAAUAAAUUCUGCAGUUUCGAGAAGUAUUCAGGACAACAAAUAAGUAACAUAUUCUGAUGUGAUACCACAUUUUACCAUUGUUAUUAUAAUUUCAGAUUUUCGUGAAUGUUUUUAAAUAUCUAAAUUCGUUCUGAUUGCAAACAUUGUUUUUGUUUCGCCAUUUCCCUCUAAACAAUCAAUAUAUGGAUUUUCGGUUAUGUUCUAGUAGCAAUUUAUUGCGUUUAAUGGUAGGCAACUAUUUAUUUUACAGAGCCUAAAUAUGAACAGCGUACAUACAUCAUUGUAGUAUGGGAGUAGAGAAAGUCCAUAUGAUCAUUUGUUCGAGCACUUAUUCUAACGAGAAUUUA